UAACUGCUCCUUGUUUGCUAAAGCUGAACUCAAAGCAACAUCAACCAUGAGACUUUCCCUGUGUGUCCUGCUGGUUACUCUGGCCCUUUCCUGCUAUGAGGCAAAUGCAAGAGUCUGUCCAGCUUUUGCGUCUGAACUUAGAAGCUUCUUUUUGGAACCUGAAGAGCUCUACAAUAUCCAUAUUCAGAAAUUUCUUCCAUCUAGAGAAGCUGCUGAGGCCAAGAUAAAAGUGAAGAAAUGGAUAGAUCUUAUGCCCUUAAAGGGCAGAAUGAAAGUUUUCAGUGCUCUGAAAAAUGUAUUUGCUGUGUGUAACAAAUAGACUUUAAAUAUCCUAUACACGAGAGCCUCUGUCAUUCAAGGAUGGCCUGGUUAUCCCUUAAAAAUGUGAAGGUUUCAACGUCUUGCUGCAAUAAAGUACU